AUGUGUUUAAAGGGAUCACAGGACUUUGAAGAUGACAGAGACUGUGAUUUAUCUCCAGAUUUGUUAAGGAUGGUAGAACAAGAGGAAAAACAAAUUUUGCCUCACAAAGAAACCGUAGACAUGGUGACUUUGGAAGAGGGGAAAGUUGUAAAAAUUGGAACGUGCAUAACUGAAGAAACAAAGCGAGACCUUGUUGGGUUACUUCAAGAAUUCAAAGAUGUGAUCAAGUACUUAGAAUGGGUAGCUAAUGUGGUGCCAAUUCCUAAGAAAGAUGGCAAGUAUAAUCAAAUCAAGAUGUAUCCUGAGGACAUGGGAAAGACUACUUUUUGUAACCUUGUGGGGCACAUUCUGUUACAAGGUGAUGCCAUUUGGGUUGAAGAAUGCUGGAGCGAUGUAUCAGAGAGCCAUGCCAAAUCUCGAAUUGAAGAGGAGCACAUCCAAGUGUUGAGAAAGUUGUUCAUGAGAUUGAGGAAAUUUCAGUUAAAGCUUAAUCCAACAAAGUGUACUUUCGGGGCUAGAUCUGGAAAGCUAUUGGGCUUUGUGGUCAGUGAGAAGGGAAUUGAGAUUGAUUCAGACAAGGUCCGGGCUAUACAGGAGUUGUCUCCGCCACGUACUCAAAAAGAAGUUCGGGGUUUCCUUGGAAGAUUAAAUUACAUUACGUGGUUUAUUUCUCAAUUAACGGAGAAGUGUGACCCUAUAUUCCGUCUUCUUAAAAAGCAUAACCCUGGGGAAUGGGAUGAUGAAUGUCAAAAGGCUUUUUAUAAAGUUAAAGAAUAUUUGUCAAGUCCUCUAGUGUUAUCACCCCCAAGUUCAAACAGGCCAUUAAUAUUGUAUUUGACCGUGUUUAGUAAUUCAAUGGGAUGUGUGCUUGGUCAACAUGAUGAAUCGAGAAGAAAGGAAAAGGCGAUAUAUUACCUCACACGAAGAUUGAGGCAAUAUAUGUUGUAUCAUACAACCUGGCUAAUUUCAAAACUGGAUCCUUUAAAGUAUAUGAUGGAGUCAAAUGCUUUGAACGGAAGGAUGGCUAGGUGGCAAGUUUUGCUUUCUGAAUUUGACAUAAUUUACACGAGUCAAAAAGCGAUAAAGGCAAGUGCAAUAGCAGAUUUUCUGGCCAGCCGAGUCCAAGAAGAUUAUGAGCCCUUGAAUUUUAACUUCCCCAACGAAGAGAUAGUGUAUGUAGCAGCUACUGAAAAAGGCAAUACAAAAGGGCACUUUUGGAAAUUGAAUUUUGACGGAGCCUCAAAUACUGUGGAAUAUGAAGCAUGUAUCAUGGGGCUCAGAGCAGCUAUAGAACGCAGGAUUAAAUUGUUGGAAGUAUAUGGAGAUUCUGCAUUGGUAAUUUAUCAACUUCGAGGUGAAUGGGAAACAAGAGAUUCUAAGCUAAUCAAUUAUAGAAGGCUGGUGUUGGGGUUAGUUGAGGAGUUUGAUGAUAUUACUUUCAAUUAUCUACCGUGCGAAGAAAACCAGAUGGCAGAUGCGUUGGCUACUUUGGCUUCCAUGAUCAAAGAUGUAUUGCGGUACGUGAGAAAUCGCGAGUAUCCAGAUCAAGCCACAGAGAAUGACAAAAGAACGUUGAGAAGGCUUGCUUGCGAUUAUGUUUUAGAUGGAGAGAUCUUAUACAAAAGAAGGAAAGAUCAAGUACUUUUGAGAUGCGUAGAUGCCGUAGAGUCCAAGAAAAUUUUAGAGGAAGUGCACGAAGGGUUGCCAUUUGCUCUUUAUGCUUAUCGAACAUCUGUCCGAAAUUCUACUAGGGCAACACCGUUCUCAUUGGUCUAUGGAAUGGAAACAGUUCUGCCUAUUGAAGUGGAGAUACCUUCUCUUCAAGUUUUGGCAGAAUUGAAAUUAGAUAAAGCAGAAUGGAUACAGUCUCGUUAUGAUCACUUGAACUUGAUUGAGGAAAAGAGGCUAAAGGCUAUUUAG